AUGUCCAAAAGGAGCGUGGUGCAGGGUGGCAACGGUGGUGGGCCUCCUGAGAAGUUGUUGCGGUUGCAGACAGAAGAGUUUGAGGUUUCUUCAAGCAAGCUGUCGGAUUGGCCCGAUGAUAUACCCCGGUUGCAGGGUGCCUUGCUUGCAAAGCAUCAGCUCUUUUCCCAACUGUCGGGGUACAUGCAGAGGAAGAUUUGGGUAACUUCAGCAUACUCCGGCCUCGGCACCUUUGAGCAUGUGUUCAGUCGCAUAGCCAGUCAGCAGCUGGGCGGCAUCGGCAUGGAGAGCCACUUCGGGCCUUUUCGGUUUUGGUCAGCGUUCGAGAAUGAUGCCCGCUGCCAGGAGAUGCUUAUGGCAUCGAAGGUGAAACCCAUGCACCUCUUCCGGGAUAUCACUGAGCAAAUGAAUAACGAGGUGGUGCAGAAGCUUGAGUUCAUCGUGGGUGAAAUGAGGAAGAGGGCUGGGGACAUGAAGGCAUGCGGCGGUACCCAUGUGAAGGCCCAGCUCGAGGCAUUGAGUAAGCGCUGCAUGGAGAGGCUGUUCAUGGAGGUGAAGCGAGCUUGCGCACGGGGCCGCACCAAGGAGAAGGGCUGGUGUCUCAUGUGUCAGCAGGAGUGCCCGUUCUUGCCCAAGAUGAGCGAUGGUGACAUCCGGUUCGAGGUCGGGGGAAACCCCUGCGUCGCUUUCUCACCCCAGGGGUCCAAGGAUCGAUGGAUCCACUCGACAGCUGUGGCUGCUGCAAUAUGGUUUGUUAGAACGGCAGAAACUCGAGCAGACUGGAUGCUUCAAGAAUGCUCCCACUUGUUUUCUUCACAGGACACGUACGACUGCGCUUUCCCACGGAAGCAAGGAUGGUGCACGUCCGUGCUGCAGCUCUCCCCUGUGGAUGUAGGAGCACCCUUCAGGCGCCCACGCAGUUUCUCAUGGACAGUGGGCCCCAGGUUUGAGCUCUUGAUGCAGUUCACACGAGACACUUUCCUUUCAGUGUGUGGCGGUCAUGUUCUGGCUUCGGGACAUGACUUCUUUAUUUCCAGUGAAGAUGAUGUCGUGGCAGAGUUGAAGCAUCUUGCCACUGAAAGGCAUAUCGAGGUCCAGGGGCAUACAUCUCCUGAGCUGGGUCGGGCCUGCCUGCCCUCAGGUCCCAGACAGCGUUUGCAGGAGUACGAGGAUCUGUUAAGGACGGCUCGCGACAAGGGCCGUGACAUCCCGGACCCCAUCCUGGACCUGUCCCAGAGCUCUUCCUGGGGCGGGAGUUGGAGUGCACUGAUGCCCAGCGUCUUGUGUGGAUCAUUGGUGUGGUCAUGUCAGCAUGAGAGGGAGCUGCUCAUGAGAGAGCUUUCCAUGGCUCUGGGAUGGCCUGCUCCUGCUCGGCGUCAGAUGGAGCAUGAGGAGUUUCCAUGGGCUGUGGAACACUUGGAAGCCUGCUCACGUGGAAAGCUAGCAAAGAUGCUGGGCAACUCCAUUCAUUGCAAAGUGCUGGGCAUGUUGACUGUGUUUGCUCUGAUGAUCACCAAGCAACGAUGCGUGAUGCAUUUCCUUGAGCCCUUCCCUCAUGUUGGUGGAGGCCAGCCGGCCAGCCCCACGGGGAUUUAUGCAAGGGAGCUUUUGUGA